CUCGAAGAAUGCUCCAGUACCAUCCUCAAGUGUUGUCUCUUGUGGGAUUGGCUUGUCUGCUUUGCUUGGGAGAGAAGACAUCUACUAUUUGUCAAUUUACACAGUCUUUAAAUAAUAACUAGAUUAAAAUAUAGGUCCAUUGGCGAACAGAAACUUUGUCAAUGAUUUGCUCCUAUUUAGAGUAUUAAAUAGUAAGCAUGGCAUCAACCUCAUUCACCACUUCCAUUAGGUCUGCCGGACCGAGAGCUCGCGCAAUUCCUUUCCGUUGCUCUCAGCGACCGUCAGUUUUCCAUAGACAGCCCGUGGCUCUUCGACAAGGAAGCUUGAGGUAUGCCUCUGAUACUGCGCCAGAGGCAACGGAAGCAGUGAAAGAAGCACCUAAGAAGGCAGGCCGUGGACUGCGAAAGACCAUUAUUAGCACGUCUCUGGCUCUUUCCCUUUUAAUUGGAUACGUGUAUGGCACGGAUACUAGGGCUAGUGUUCAUCAGUACGGCGUGGUUCCUUUGAUUAGGCUGCUGUACCCAGAUGCGGAGGAUGCGCACCAUCUUGGAGUGGACUCUUUGAAAUCUCUUUAUAAAUAUGGUCUCCAUCCCAGAGAACGGGGUAACCAGGAUGGCGAUGGUGUUCUCGCUACUGAGGUCUUCGGAUAUACUCUUGCCAAUCCAAUUGGUAUUUCUGCUGGACUGGACAAGCACGCUGACAUUCCGGACCCGCUCUUUGAGAUCGGGCCUGGGAUUGUCGAAGUGGGUGGCACCACUCCUCUACCACAAGAAGGCAAUCCCCGGCCUCGUGUCUUCCGGCUUGUUUCCCUGAAAGCCAUGAUCAACCGUUACGGUCUCAAUUCCAAGGGUGCCGACCAUAUGGCGGCUGUUUUGCAACAAAGAGUUCGCGACUACGCAUACACCCAUGGAUUCGGAUUGCAUGACCAGGCUGAGGAGCGUGUCUUGAACGGUGAAGCUGGUGUUCCCCCGGGUAGUCUCCGGCCAGGACGACUCCUCGCUGUUCAGGUCGCGAAGAACAAGGCUACCCCGGAUGCCGACAUUGAAGCCAUUAAGCGUGACUAUGUAUACUGUGUUGACCGUGUGGCCAAAUAUGCCGAUAUUCUCGUUGUGAAUGUUUCAAGCCCAAACACCCCCGGUUUGCGUGAUCUCCAAGCGACAGCCCCUCUUACCGCUAUCCUGAAGGGUGUCGUCGGCGCAGCGAAGAACGUCGACCGCAAAACUAAGCCAUUCGUCAUGGUCAAGGUCAGUCCAGACGAGGACGCAGAUGAACAGGUCUCCGGCAUUUGUGCCGCUGUCCAGAACUCGGGAGUUGACGGUGUAAUUGUGGGAAACACCACCAACCGGCGCCCUGAACCCCUGCCUAAGGGCGUACCACUCCCCCCGAAGGAACAGACCACCCUGAAGGAGACCGGUGGUUAUUCUGGCCCCCAGCUCUUUGAUCGUACGGUGGCUCUGGUAGCUCGGUACAGAGCUCUCCUCGACCAAGCCCCCGUCACGUCGGAACUCGCCGAAGCUGCCAAGGAAGCUACUACAAGAGUGGUGCAGGCGGAACCUGAUUCGGAAAACGUUCCUCCUGUGGAGGCGCCAAACCCUGCUAACCAGUUUCCCCGCAAGGUUAUCUUCGCUUCUGGAGGUAUCACCACCGGCAAGCAGGCCCAGGCCGCCCUUGACGCUGGUGCCUCCGUCGCCAUGAUGUAUACGGGCGUUGUGUAUGGUGGAAUUGGAACUGUGACUCGUGUGAAGCAGGAGAUGCGCAACGAGAGGCAGGCAUAAAAAAGCAUGAUGGUAGCGACUGUUUCUUGAGUCAAGAGUAUGUAAAUAGUAUUCGGCAAUAGUGUUAUAAAACCUAGCAAUGUUCUGCUUUUCUUCUAAAUAAACGUUACUUCUCCUAUGCGCUAGUUCCAUGUAUCAAAUAUAAGGGUUUUCAGGUCUAUCAAUGGGAUUCCUCC